AUGUCAUCAGGAGGAAACAACGGGAAUGGUGCCAGUGGUGCCGAGACAGGAGAACCGAUUACGAUGCAACAGGUUAUGGAACUAAUGCGAAUGCAAGCAACCAAUUUGAACCAACAACAGCGUCAACCUGAGACUGGGGUAACUUUUAAAGCAUUUCAGUCAGUUCAUCCUCCAGAAUUCAGGGGAUCAGCAGAUCCGGCAGAAGCUCGAACUUGGUUGAAGGAAAUAGAGAAAGCAUUUGAAUUGGUAAAGGUGGGGGAGGAACAGAAGACUGUUUUUGCGAGCUAUUUUCUUAAAGGAGAAGCGAACUACUGGUGGGAAUCGAGAAAAGGCUUGGAAGGUGCUGGAGUGAUUCAAUGGGAAAAAUUCAAUGAACUAUUCCUCGAGAAGUAUUUCCCGAGGUAUGUGCAAGAUAAAAUGGAGAUCAAAUUUUUGGAACUAAAGCAGGGGAAUCUGAGCGUAGCCGAGUAUGAGGCCAAAUUCACUGAACUAUCCAGGUUUGUCCCCGAAUAUGUGGAUUCAGAAAUUAAACGAGCUAAACGAUUUCAACAAGGAUUAAAGCAAUGGAUUCGAAGUAGAAUUGCAAUGUUUGAGCUGAAGGAAUAUCCCGCAAUGGUGCAGAAAGCUAUGAUAAUCGAAGGUGAGAGUGAUUUCUCAGUAAAAGAAAGGGAUGAUAAGAAGAGGAAAGCGGAGAAAGGUCACUACGCCAAUUCAUGUCCACAUGACAAGCCCAAAUCGUCUGUAAACUGCUUCAAGUGCGGAAAUUAUGGACAUUAUGCCAAGGACUGCCGCGCGGAUGCUUCACGAGGAAAUACCCAGCAAGCUACAAAAGCACCAUCUACAAAUCAACCUAAAGCCCGAACAUUCAACAUGUCAAUGCAGAAUGCAGUGCAAGACGAUGAUGUGAUUGCAGGUAUGCUUCAUAUAAAUUCUGUUAGUGCCAAGGUGUUAAUUGAUUCGGGAGCUACGAAGUCUUUCAUAUCUUUAGACUUUCUUCCGAAAUCUCAUUUUGAGGUUCGAUCAUUAGAUCAAGUCUUAACAAUAGAGUUAGCAAAUCAAGAUCGUGUUCCGGUUAGUAAGGUUUGUCCUCGAUGUGAACUAGCUAUAGAGGGGCAUCGUUUCCAGGUGGAUUUGAUUCCUUUCAGGUUAGGAGAAUUUGAUGCAAUUUUAGGAAUGGACUGGUUAUCGGCUACUAAUGCUCAUAUAGAUUGUAAAAAUAAGAGAGUGACUUUGCAGACUUCUGACAAAGCCACAGUUGUAUUUCAAGGGCAAAAGCAAGCCAAACAAUUCCUUACAAUUCUGCAGGCAAGGAAACUCUUACGUCAAGGAUGCCAAGCGUAUCUUGCACACGUGGUGGAUAAAAGGAAGGAACCAGUCAAAUUAGAAGAAAUAACGGUGGUCAAUGAAUUUCCAGAUGUAUUUCCAGAAGAGCUUCCCGGACUACCACCAGAUAGAGAAAUUGAAUUUGCAAUAGAAUUGGCUCCAGGUACCGAACCUGUGUCGAAAGCUCCAUAUCGGAUGGCACCAGUGGAAAUGAAAGAACUAGCUACACAAUUGCAAGAUCUUCUAGAUAAAGGCGUGAUUAGGCCGAGUGUGUCGCCAUGGGGAGCACCAGUGCUAUUCGUGAAAAAGAAGGAUGGAAGCAUGAGGUUAUGUAUCGACUACCGUGAGCUCAACAAGCUAACUAUCAAGAACAAAUACCCUUUGCCCAGAAUUGAUGACUUAUUUGAUCAACUGAAAGGUGCGACGUGUUUCUCAAAAAUUGAUCUUCGUACGGGCUAUCAUCAGCUGAAGGUUAAGCCAGAAGAUAUCCCAAAAACGGCAUUUCGAACACGGUACGGGCAUUAUGAAUUUCUAGUGAUGGCAUUCGGAUUAACUAAUGCGCCAGCAGCUUUCAUGGACAUGAUGAACCGAAUUUUUAAGAAGUAUUUGGACAAAUUCGUGAUAGUUUUCAUUGAUGAUAUUUUGAUAUAUUCUAAAUCUGAAGAGGAGCAUGUGGAGCAUUUAAGGAUCACGUUGGAGACCCUCAAGAAAGAGAAGUUAUAUGCUAAAUUUUCUAAAUGUGACAGCGAUGGAAUCAAGGUGGACCCAUCAAAGGUCGAAGCAGUACUGAAUUGGGAAAGACCAAAGACACCUACAGAAGUAAGAAGCUUCCUGGGAUUGGCAGGCUAUUAUAGAAGAUUUGUUAAAGAUUUUGCUAAACUAGUUACACCAUUGACGAAACUCACUCGGAAAAGCGAAAAGUUCGAAUGGUCAGACAAAUGCGAAGAGAGUUUUGAAGAGCUAAAGCAAAGGUUAAUAACCGCUCCUGUAUUAGCACUACCAGAAGGGAAAGCUAACGUGGUGGCAGAUGCACUAAGCAGAAAAGAACGACUGAAUAUGACGAUUUCAUCAGAAGAACUCCUUAAAGAAUUUGAGAAGCUAGAGAUUGAAGUUCAGGGUAGUUGGGAUGAACAUUUACCACUAGUGGAAUUCUCUUACAACAAUAGUUAUCAUUCAAGUAUUGGCAUGCCUCCAUAUGAAGCCUUGUACGGAAGAAAGUGUAGAUCUCCAAUAUACUGGGAAGAAGUCGGAGAGCGAAAAAUACUUGGACCAGAGCUAGUGCAACAAACAAAAGAGGCAGUGGAAAUCAUUCAAAAGAGGUUAAGAGUUGCUCAAGAACGUCAAAUCAAAUAUGCAGAUCCAUCACGAAGGGAUAUCAAUUUUGAAGAGGGAGAACUAGUUCUACUAAAAGUGUCACCUUGGAAGGGACUUACCAGAUUUGGCAAGAAAGGAAAGCUCAAUCCGCGCUACGUGGGACCGUACGAAAUUUUGAAGCGUGUGGGAAAGGUAGCUUAUGAGCUAGCCUUACCCCCACAUCUGGAGCACGUGCAUAAUGUUUUUCAUGUAUCUAUGCUUAAGAAGUAUAAUCUUGAUGCUAAUCAUGUAAUAGAGUAUGAGCCGAUAACAGUCCAACCUGACUUGUCUUAUGUAGAGCAACCAGUGAGAAUCUUAGAUAAGAAAGAUAGAGUGCUUAGAAAUAAGACAGUAUCUUUAGUUAGAGUGCUCUGGAGGAAUCCCAAGGUUGAAGAGUCAACAUGGGAACUUGAAAGCGAAAUGCUCGAAAAGUAUCCUCAUCUCUUUUCUUAA